CACUACAUCUCCACUCCUCACCUUCUGACGCUUGUCACAGGAGUGUUCCUGGUGCCAUACUUCCUGGUGCUGAUACUAUGUGGAGUGCCGCUGCUCUACAUGGAGUUGGCCGUGGGGCAGUUCACUCGUCGAGGUCCCAUCGGCGCCCUCUCCCAACUCUGCCCCAUCUUCAAAGGAGCUGGUCUGAGCAGCGUGAUGGUGUCUUUCUUCAUGGCGACCUACUACAACGUCAUCAUCGCCUACUUCCUGUACUAUCUGUUCACCUCUUUUCGCGCGAGCGCGCCCUGGUCAGACUGCAGCAACAAGUGGAACACGCCGCGAUGUUGGCAAUCCUCACUCAACACCUCCCGUCCGAACUUCUCCGUCUCCCCCUCCGAGGAGUUCUAUGACCGCAAAGUGCUCCAGUUAUCAGCUGGUAUUGACAAGCCCGGGUCAGUCCGAUGGGAGCUGGCAGCCUGCCUGUUCCUCACCUGGGUCAUCGUCUACUUCGCUCUGUGGAAGUCGGUGAAGUCGUCGGGUCGAGUGCUCUACUUCACCGCGACACUGCCAUUCGUCCUGGUGCUGGCCUUCCUCGGUCGCUCACUCACGCUUGAGGGCGCCGACAACGGGCUCCAGUACUUCUUCAAGCCCCAGUGGGUUCUACUGUUGGACGCUAAGGUGUGGGUGAACGCAGUGGCGCAGAACUUCAACUCCAUCGGGAUCUCGUUCGGGUCGGUGAUCUCGUUCGCCAGCUACAACCGAUACAACAACGAGAUCCUCGUGGACACGGUGGCCGUGUCUGUCAUCAACGCCGUCACCAGCCUCAUCGUCGGCAUCUUCGCGUUCGCUACGAUCGGCAACAUCGCUCGCGAGCACAGCACCAACAUCGAGAACGUCAUUAACGACGGACCUGGGUUGGUGUUUAUACUCUACCCCCAGGCCAUGGCUCAUAUGCCCUUCUCCAACUUCUGGGCCGUCCUCUUCUUCUUCAUGCUGCUUUGCCUUGGCCUCAACAGUCAGUUUGCGAUAGUGGAGGUGGUGGUGACUUCUCUCCAAGACGGGUUCCCCAACUGGAUCAAGCGGAACCUUGUCUGCCACGAGAUCCUGGUCCUCGUCAUCUGCUUCAUCUCCUUCAUCUUCGGGCUGCCUAACAUAUUUCAGGGAGGAAUAUACUUUUUCCAACUGAUGGACCACUACGUCGUCACCACCACCAUCAUCUACAUCGCUCUGUUCGAGGUGAUAGCGAUAUGUUGGAUGUACGGCACGGAUCGCCUGUCCAGGGUCAUCCAGCACAUGACGAACCACUACCCCUCGCUGUACUUCCGCUUCUGCUGGCUCAUCGCUUCUCCCUUACUCAUAACGUGUGUGCUGGUGUUCAGUAUCGUGGACUACGAGCCCCCGACGUACAACAACGGUAGCUACAAGUACCCGUGGUGGGCAGAACUGCUAGGGUGGGGCGUGGCGGGCAGUGCGCUCAUCUGUAUACCUAUCACAGCCAUCUACGUGUUGUGCUGCGUACAGGGCGACUCGUUAGGCAAGAAAAUUGUGGCAGCUAUGAAGCCUCGGUGCGAGGACGUCAGCGCGGCUCACAGCAUCGCAGACCUCGGCAGCGAACUCAAGGAGGUCAGGAGUCUGAUGGAACCGAGCACACCGACCCACAAACAACCGAGGAUAGAGAUCAUGAAGAAAUAGCUGUCUGGUGCUCAGUGUAUUUAUGUAGAUAGCAGUCGUUAAGUUGUAAGGUUGGCACCACUGGCUGGGCCGUUCAAGCAUCACGUCGUCUUAAGGGAGCAACGGAUCGUGAGAAGAUCGGAUGAGCGGUUUUAAGGACAAUUUGUGAAAUUGACGUCAAUGAUUUUAUGGCUUUUAGUGUAUUUAGAAAAUAAUGGCCAAAUUUUAGACACAAGCCAAGAACUUCCAUCCGAUUUAUUAAUGAUUCAUACUGAUUACUGGUUAAUAUUAUUCAUCGAGCAUUCAACAAGUUAAUACUCGUGAUUUGCAAAAUACCCUCUUGUGAAUAAAAUUUCAUGCACGGUGCUAAUGUUAUGGUUAAUGAAAUAUACUUCCUCAAAAGAUGUCAAUUUUAAUUUUAAAAAUCACUUCACUGAGUGAUUCCAAACUCAGGUUCCAUCCGCCCUUGUGUCACAAUCACUUACCAGACACAAUUAAGUAAAUUUAAAUGGGUCUAAAUUUAAAAGUCAUGCAAUUUGAGAGCGAAUGAAUAAAACUAGUACAAAAACCAGCAAUAAUCAAAAGUGCAAUAUGGUAAUUGCAAUAUAUAUAUGAAAAGGUAAUGUAUAGUACUAAUAGAUUUAUGCUAAAAUCUUGUUUAUCCAAAUAAAUGUUGUGUGAAGUUUUGUUUCUUUUCAGGUGAAAAAAUUAAAGUGAGUGAACUCUUUUUUUCUAUAAAUGUCAUUAUACAAGAGAAAAAUUAAGGUGAAGUUUGCAGUAAAAAUGUAUUUCAGAUCAGGUAGAGUGAAUGAAUUACUGAGUUUUAUUUUCAAUUUGGAGUGAAUUGCUUUGAAUUAUUCAAUAUUAAAAAAAUUAUUCGUAACCAACUCUCAUAUUUGAACUUUAUAACCAAUGGCUACAAAUACAAGACAUGACUAAUACAUAUUAUGACUAACUUUUAUACUUGAAGAUAAUAAGUUUCAAUUUCUCUGCAAGCGUUGUUACUGGAUAAACGAGUUUUUAGUUUCAUAGGUUACGAGCGCAAAAUGUGAAGAAAGUCUGUGAUAUAGGAGAUCAUUAAUUUGUGAUUAAAUCAAAAUACUGUAUUAUAUUACAUUCCAUUUGUAAAAAUAUUAGGUUCUAAAUCUAAUUCUGUAUUAAUGUAUCAUUUACGCUAUGUGUUUAUUAACAUAAUUAUAAGCUGGCUUUAAGUCGAAUUGACCGAAAUCCUAUAUUCUUGUCUAUAAUAUUAAAAUGAAACAAUAUCUAAUGUACUUUUAAAGUUUUUAGGUUCUAGGUUGUUCUUAGCUCCCAUGCUCGUAGUAUUCUUAUGCUUGUGCCGAGGGAAUCGACUCUUCUGAUUGCAAUGUUAAUUACUGAGAACCCGACACAACACGCCGUUGUCUGUCCGUCUGUGCGCCAACUCUCGCUAAACAAGUUCUAGAAACUUGAAACACAAAUUCCUUUUUGUUUAAGAAAGAACUCUAUUGGAUUUUGGGCCAAAAGAUCAAAAUUGAGGUAAAAAUAACAUUCUACCAUCUUUUACAUUUGUCUUAUAGGUAACUUACUACGAUAAGAAUGAGAAAAAUAUACCAAAAUAAACCAAUUUGUAAUCAUAUGACACAGUUAACACGGGUGGAUCAGAUUUUCAUUACAUUCUGUCGGGUCCUUCGAUUUUCUGUUGUAUCCGGUUAUCGUUUUAUAUAAAGAAGCUUACAGUUCGUUCAAGUAAUUUUUCUGCACACAAGUCAUAAAAUAUCUACUCUUUUAUGGUUUAUAUUAUUAUUUAGUCACAUAUCUAAAACCAAUGUUCAGCCGUAAUGCUCAACUAAUGAACUACAGUUGCUCAUUUUCUCAGGUCGUGCUUUGCUUUAAACAUAAACAACGUAGCUUUUUAAAAAUAUUACAAAAACUCGUGCAAGAUUUCUUGUUAUUUUGUACAAACAAACUUUUAUUGUGGAUUAUACUUGGUACUAUACUCUUUUAAUUGUCAAAAUUUUUAUCCUUAUCAAUUAACAAUUUGUUAAAAUCCCCUAGAAUCGUUCGAUAAUUUUCAAGAAUACAGCUUGAUAACGUUUAAAAUUUAAAUAGAGUAUUACUCUGAAAUAAACAGCCAAGUACAAUACAAUACUACUGACAGCUACCGAAGCUCUUCUGAAUAUAAAGCAAGCUGCCAAAACAUUCCAUAGAAAAGACGUUGCCCUUAAUGUUAAGAACCCUUUCUAAGUGCCUUGAAUGUGCCUGAUUUUAAGUUUACAUCUAUUGAUAAAAACAUGAGUGUACAAUUCAAGCAACAAACAACAAUUUAGAACUAAAUUUUAAAAUAUUUAAGGUUUAAAUUUUUAUUACCAAUUGUCUGUCAUCAAACUAAAAAAUAUUAAAUAGAUUGUUUUUUUUUAUUUUUGAAUUAAUUGUACGAAUAUUAAGAAUUAUUUUGAACUUCUUUUACCUGAAGUGUUAUAACUAACUGAACAUGAAAUGUCUUUUAUGUAAUGUCUUGUUUAGGUGAAAUAAAACAUGUUUUUAAAUAUUAGUAAGAUAAAUAAAAUUGAAUUUUAAGAUACAACACUGAUACUGUGUUGUACACUCAUUUUUCUAUCCCAUUAAGUCAUUCCAUUUAAUGAUAAUUAUUAUGAUAUUAAUUAUUUAAUUAUUACCAAUCAAGUGCUCUUAGGUCGACUAGUGAAUUUAGAAAUAAUUUGUUUGUAAGAAAAUUGUUAAACAAUCACGAACUGACUGUAAACCAAAAGAUAAUUAAAUUACACAGUUUUUUUUAA